CAAGUUAAUUGUUCUUUAACAUCAGCAAUUACAUACUUCUCUAUCUCAUUAAUCUUCUGCAUACACACUUUCCUUCUACACUUCUUUCAACAAUAUCCAACAUGAGUAACUCCCAGAACGCAAGCUUCAACGCCGGUGAGGCCAAGGCCCAGGCUGAGGAAAAGACCAGCCAGAUGUCAGAGAAGGCCGGAGAAAUGAUCAACCAGAUGUCAGAAAAGACCAGCCAGAUCUCAGAAAAGGCCGGAGAAAAGACCAUCCAGAUGUCAGAAAAGGCCGGGGAAAAGACCAGCCAGGCAUCAGACAUGGCCAGCGAAAAGUCUAGCCAGGCUUCAGACAUCGCCAGUGAGAAGACCAGCCAGGCCGGUGGCAUGCUCCAGUCUGCUAAGGAAUCAGUCCAAGAGGCCGGUUCACAAAUGAUGGCCAAGGCAGGGGGUGCUGCUGAAGCUGUCAAGAACGCCACUGGCAUGAACAAUUGAGCUCAGCUACUCCAUUAGCUUCUGGCCUUUCGCCACCGAAUAAUAGCAUAUUUUUUCUUUUUAUGAAUUAAUGAUCCAUUAUUGUAAUAUGGAAAGGAGCCGAAACUCUCAAAUAGGUUUUCUAUCCCUUUUUAGUAAAUUCUUUACAGUGUAAUAAUACUGUCCAAGAAUACAGUUUCUGAGCUCCUGAUAGUAGCUUGUUUCCCUUCUAAAUCAAUACAAUUACAUUUUUUAUAA